AUAUGGCGUCCAAAAAGUGGAAAUAUGAAUGUACAGGAAAGAAUCAUCCAAAGAAACAAGAAGCUGUAUUGUUCUGUGGGACAUGUAAGGACAAUAUCUGCGGAGAUUGUGCUGUGUCUAAGGAGCAUAGAGAUCAUGCUAAUUCCUUCCAGAGUGUUGGAUGUCAAGAAACUCAAAGUGAUGAAGGCAAGAAAAAACAGUCCGCAAAAGAGAUUUAUAGUCAACUCGAGCAAAAGAUUGUAGAGCUAAACGAGCUUAAGAAAUCAAGGCAAUUAGAUUUCUCAAAUUUAAGAAAAACGGUCAAUGAUCGAUUCAAACAGAUUGAGCGGAGAUUAAGGGAUGAAAAACAAUUGUUGGAUCAAGGACUGAGUACAGAAGAAACUUUAGAUAUUUCUAGAGUUGAUAAUCUUGUUGAUAAACUAGCCAAGAGAAAGGAUAAGAUCCAAUCAUUAAUGUCAAGUCUAGAGUCUGAAAAAAAUGCGAAAAUUGUUGCGAAAAUUGAGUCAAACCUAGAAAGAGAAGUCGAUGCAGCAACGAUUGAUAAGAAAGAAUCAGUUGAGUUCCGACAACUUGCCCUUAGCGAAGAAAACAAAGAAAUCAUCCUGGGAUGUUUACUUUUUGAUGCAGCUCCUCAUUCAUCCUCUGACUUCGAGGGAUUUUUGCUUCCUGAACCUGAAGUUUUGUCCAAAUUUCAAAUCCGUUUAGGUAAAAUUGAAACUGUUUGUCCAAUAAAUGAUUCUGAGGUUUGGAUUGGUUAUUCAAAAACCGAUAAAAUAUAUCUACUGGAAGAAAAGGACGGUCGAAUGCGAAAGAAGGAUCGAUACCGGUUAACAGAGUUUCAACCCAUAAACAUCUCUGUUUUAUCGUCUGGCGAUCUCAUUUUUUCCUGCGCAGGACAGGCUAUGAUAACAACCAUGAAUAAGUUGUAUGAAGCUUCCCUUUAUAUAGAUACAUAUCAUCUUAUUCCGUUAGGUCUCUACGUCAACGAAAAGGACGAGAUUCUCGUGUGUUUACUCAACGAUUACAGCUACAAUGUGAACGAAGCUAGCGUUCGACAAAUUGUCAAGUAUUCUGCAGAUAGAGAGAGGGCCAUGGUAAUUGAAAAAGAUAUCAAUAAACAGAAGUACUUUACCAUGCCACAGAGCGUGAUUGAAAAUGUUAAUAGGGACAUCUGCGUGGUUGACGUCAUUGGUUUUCAUGAGGGCAGGUUGAUUGUCUUCGACAAAAAUGGCGGGAAAAGAUUUGUUUAUAAUGGACGGCAUACGACAGAUUCACCUCAAUGUGAUCUUAGUGCUAUGACACAUGACAGUAAAGGGAACAUUAUACUGUCGGAUGAAUACUUCAACAGGAUACACAUAUUGACAAAAGAUGGGAGUUUUCGAGGAUUGCUAGAGAUUGGAAAAGCAAACAAUAUUUUUCGGCCAUUUGGAAUUCACUGUGAUUCAAUGGAUACGAUAUGGAUUGGGUGCAAAUGUUCUGAGAAUGAUGAUGCUUCACAACUAGUGCAUCUGAGCUGUCCUCUUCCAGAAUAAAUGUUCUUAAGUUAAAUUUGGAAUUUAUGUUUCAGAAACAUCUUGUCAAACCUAACACUGCUCAAUCGAUACAAUUUA